AUGGCAUCGUUGAAGGUUGCCGUACGGGUUCGUCCCUUCAAUCAGAGGGAACAUGAGCUCGGCGCAAAGCUCAUCGUGCAGAUGGAUGGCAAGAAGACGCGUCUGUUCAAACCAAAGCUUGGUACCGGUAAUGGCGUGCGGGGUGAUCUUGCCUCGCGAACGGCCCAGGAUCCGUUCAAUGACUUCACCUUCGAUCAUUCGUACUGGUCGGUGGACGAGCGGGAUCCACACUUCACGCCACAGGACACAGUCUUCGAGGACCUGGGCACGGAGAUCGUGGACUGCGCUUUCCAGGGUUACAACGCGUGCGUUUUUGCGUACGGCCAAACAGGCAGUGGCAAAACGUUCACAAUGAUGGGUACAGCCGAGGCGCAAGGAUUGAUUCCACGUAUCUGCCGCUCGUUGUUCGCUCGCAUGAAGCUCGGCCAAGAGGAGGGCACCGGUUUCAAGACGCAGUGUUCGUACUUGGAGAUCUACAAUGAGCGGGUGAAGGAUCUGCUAGGUCCGAGCAGUGCAGGACACGGAUUGCGCGUACGUGAACACCGAACACUUGGGCCGUACGUGGAGAGCCUGUCACAGCAUCCGGUGUCGGAUUAUGCCGAAAUUCAGAACUGCAUGAUCCAGGGCAACAUACAGCGGACGACAGCGAGCACGAACAUGAACGAUACGAGUAGUCGAAGCCACGCGAUCUUUACCAUCACGUUUGUGCAGGCACGCUACCUAAACGAUCUUCCUAGUGAAACUGUGUCCAAGAUCCACCUGGUCGAUCUGGCGGGAAGUGAGCGAGCGAACGCGACCGGUGCGACUGGCCAACGCCUAAAGGAAGGAGCACACAUCAACAAGUCACUGGUGACACUGGGCAGCGUUAUUUCGGCGUUGGCCGAGCAAACUAACCCGACCAACAACAAGCGCGUGCUGUACAUUCCGUACCGAGAUUCCAUCCUCACGUGGUUGCUAAAGGACAGUCUAGGUGGGAACAGCAAAACGAUCAUGAUUGCGGCCAUUUCUCCCGCCGAUGUGAACUACAGCGAGACGCUGAGUACGCUGCGAUACGCGAACCGAGCGAAGAACAUCAUCAACAAGCCAACGAUCAACGAGGAUCCGAACGUGAAGUUGAUUCGGGAGCUACGCGACGAGAUCUACAAGCUGAAGUUGAUGAUCGCAAGCGACAGCGGGGCAGCACUGGAGCCCCAGCUCAAAGCACUCGAGGAUCUACAGAAGAAGGAAGCACAGGAGAAGGUGCUGACCGAGGAGUGGGCGGAAAAAUGGCGCGAAGCGCAGUCGAUUCUUCGCGAGCAGCGAUCGCUUGGGCUGCGUAAGUCGGGAGUGGGCGUUGUGUUGGAUUCAGAGAUGCCACACUUGAUCGGGAUCCACGAUGAUGUCAGCACCGGUGUGACGUUAUACAGUCUGAAAGAAGGCGAGACGACGAUCGGAACGGAUGAGGCAACGUACCCGCAGGACAUAGCGCUGACAGGGAUCGGGAUUGCUCCCGAGCAUUGUCGGAUUGUGCUAGCUAACGGAAACGCUACGAUAUACCCAAAUCCCAACGCAACUUGUCUGCUGAACGCGUGCAUCAUUGAAGUACCAACGGCGAUCAGCCAGGGUGACAUACUGCUGCUUGGGCGGACGAACAUGUUCCGGUAUAACAAUCCAGCGGAAGCGGCCAAAAUGCGACAAGACAGCAACCACCAGCAGCGAUCAUCCCGUCUGGAUCUGUCGCGAUUAUCGCUAAUCGCUGCCUCGAGGGAAAAUCUGUGCGCGAGCUUCCUUAGCGACGACGACGGUGGUGGUUCCUCGCUCAACCUGUUUGGUGGGGCACCGGGUGGCGGUGUACCGUCACCACAGGGUGCUUUCCGGUUCCGGCAGUAUGCUCCGAGCCGGGAGGACGCUGAGCUGCAAGACGAGCACCGAAAGAUACUGCAAACGAUCGAGAACGCGCUGCGACAGCUGAAUCUCGAACGUUGUCGGAUGCACGAUCAGUUCAAGCACAAGAUUCGACAGUGUACGGAGGAGCUGGAGCGACUUGAAAGUACCAAGCGCGAUCGGUUGACGAUCCUGGAUUGCCGGAUCGGGGAGCUGAUGGCUCGCAAGGAGAUGGUUUUGUGGGAGCAGAGCAACGAAAAGACGCAAGUAGAUAUACUAGUGCGGCAACUGUCCGCUCUGCAAACGCAGCUGGAUACGAAGAAGCGCGACUUCUAUGAGUACGUCGCGAAAGAGCUACAGGAAUUGCAGGACUGUGGCCGGCUGGAUGAGGCGAGUAGCGAGUUGAUAAGAAAUGCACCCCAAACGGAAGACUAUUCCGAAAUCCUGCUUCAAAUAUCACGCUCGCUAGACAACUACUCCCAGCAGUACAUACGCGAGUUUGUACGCCGUAACCGUGACGAUAUCAACAAGUACGAGACGGAGCUCAGCGAAAAGGAGCAGCUCCUGGCCGAGAGCUCGCAAAAGAUUACCGAGCUGGACCAGAAGAUUCAAGAGCUGGAACAGCAGAACAAGGAAUUGCUGCAGCAACGCUCGCAACAGGAGCUGGAUCAAAUUCAGCAGAAGAAGCUUUCGAUGACGCUUAAUCUUACGCACACGAACGGCAACACGGAUGACGAAGUAGAAGCCGAGCAGGCUGGCCUCCUGUUGAUGGCGAAUCGUGGGAAUACGCUGGAAACUUGCGAUACUUUCCACACGGCCAACUCGGACUGUUCCUUCGUGUCUGCGCUUAACACGCCCGCGCUGGAUACGCUGAACCACCUGAUACCGACACCAAGCUCGACGGAAGACGGUACUGAGUCGGAAACUGGGGAUCGCGAGGACUACGAAGAGGCUACAUCGAACGGCGUGCUGCACAGUGGAUACGGCGGUGGAAUGAGCGACAGUGGCGUUAGUUUCGAAACUAAUAAGGCGAUCGAUACGGCCACUGCCUCUCUGCCGGAGGCGGAUGACAUCAUGAAUGAAGAAAACGGCCAUGGCAGGGGUAAUGGCACGGCAAAAUUGCUGUUUCAGUCGGACGAUCACUGUCUGCUAUUAGCUACCUCGUCGACGCCGAAUUCGAAAUACGGGAGCAAGAAUCUGCCGACGACCACGACCGUAAUCGUGACCGAUGCGAAAGGGCUCUUGCAGCAGUCUCCACGUGCACGCCGGAAAUCAUCCGACUCCGAGGAGGAACGCAACACGAACUCCUUGCUGACGGCGACGGGUGUACCUGGCUCUAACCGGAUGAAGCUUUCGUUGCCAAACCGAACGCGCAGCAAUAACAAAAGCAGCAGUUUGCGUACGGAAAUCUUCGACAUCCGGCACGGUGGACAUCCGCUGCGUGUGAACAGCAUCAGUAGUGGCACGGACGGAAGCCACGAAGAAGAAGAGGAAGAGGAAGAAGAGGGCCGCGAGAAUGGCAGGCGGCACGGGGAUGAAGACGAAGAACGACGGUCACGUGGGUCGUCCAUCGACAACAGUUCGAUUACAUCAUCGACGGCGAAUCUGAUCCUGUGUGAGAUGAGCCAUCUGCGAGAGAGCAUCGCUAGCAAGAAGGCUGAAAUAAUGAAAAUUCUCGAAACGAACGGCGACAAGCGGAUGCUGGACGGCAAGAUUGGCGAGCUGCAGGACUUGCAGAAACGCAUCAUCCAAUUGGAGAUAAAAAUCCAGGACGUGGAAAAGAGCUGCCUGUCGGAUGGGGAACUUCAGCUCGAUUCGAUGCGAGACAUGCCGGAGAGCUUCACCGAUAGCGACGAUAGUCGAGUGGGAAAUUCGUGCAUCUAUCCUGGCUAUCUGAGGGCACGUGAUCAAACAAGUAUCUAUGCGCCCAGCGUUACCCGUUCGCUACCGUCGAUGGAGGGAACUUAUCGUUCGGACCAUCUCAUAAACAUACCGACAUACAUCAUAAGAGGCGCAGGAAAGCAGACCCAUUAUGAGUACGAGGUGAAGAUUAACCUACCAGACGAACGGUGGACGCUCCUGAGGCGGUACAGCCGCUUCCGUGAGCUACACCUGGUGAUGAAGAAACUGUACGGUGAUAAGAUUGCCACCAUACCGUUCCCGAGGCGUGAACUGUUCGCAUCGAAUACGGAAUCAGUGGCGAAAACGCGACGUCGUCAGCUGGAAACCUACCUGCGCCUGUUGCUGGUCGUGUGUGCCAAAAUACCGCACUGUCCUAUUUACGAGGGCGAAGGACGUCCCGGGUUGAGCAAGCAGACGCUGAUCGAGUUUCAUUCCUUCUUCAAGAAAGGGCUGUUUGAAACUGGCAAGCACGGCACCGGAUAA